AUGGGGGUACAGCUCUCCUACAACAUCGUGCGGCACACGCCCUUGACGACCUACGCCGAAGUUGCCAUACUCUUCCCACAGAUGCUCAUCCUAACUGUCGUGGUCGCCUGGGCGGAUGCGAAGCUGGGCCCCAGGGUCUGGAUCGCGUGCGCUUGCCUCUGCACCGGGGUGGUGUUGAUGUCGACUGGGCUGGUUUCCGCCACCGUUACCGCCGCGGCCUAUGCAGCCGUUGCGCUGUUUGGGAUCGUGGCCGUACUCCCUCAGGUUGUCAUCAACUACAAGAACAAGUCCACUGGUCAGCUCUCUUUCCUGGUGACCGGAAUGACUUUUGGAGGGACCCAGCAGCGAC